AAACAACAUUGGUGGCAUCAUUGGAGCAAACAUUGGUUGAAGUUUGGUGUCCUUAUUUCUCCGUUUGAGUUUCGUAGCGCGCCAGUGUUCUGCCCGCCGGCCCGGCAAUAAGGCUACUCGCGUUUUUUAAAUAUUAUUAUUAUUUAUAACUUUUUAACCCGAAUAAAAAAAUCCCGUCUACCUUCAAAUAAUGCACAGUUCAUUAAUUUUAUCUGAACCGUGAAGAUUUAAUUUUAAACGGCAUAACGCGAAAUAAUUAUAAUAUGACAAAUUAAAUAUUGUUUUGUUGUUUUUAAAGUGGGAUAUUGACCGAAAAAUUGUAACUGUAUUGUAAACUGAGAGUGUGUGAUAUAAAUUAGUGAAAAUGGUGCAUAAACUCCAUAUCAUUCAAGACAUACCAGUCAGCAAAUUUAGGUCUAUUGCCUCACAGGUGAUAGCCUGCAUGUCGUGCAACAUGCUGCUGCUGGACCUCGGCAUGGCGGUGAGCUUCUCCACCAUCGCGCUGCCCGACCUGCUCAACGCCAAGGAGGGGCUGUCGCUCAAUGAGGACCAGGCCUCGUGGUUCGGCAGUCUGGCAUUCCUGACGCAGCCGCUUGGCGCCCUAUUCUCCGGCCCGCUCGUCGACUACUUCGGCCGGAAGAAGGCGACCUUCAUCGUGAACAUCCCUCACCUGGUGGCUUGGAUCCUCAUGUACUAUGCCUGGAAUGUGCCAGCAUUGUUCCUGGCUAAUGGCCUCCUUGGUCUCGGCACUGGGAUUAUGGAGUCCCCGAUUAACGCUUACGUUGGGGAGAUCAGUGAGUCGUCAAUCCGCGGAGCUCUCUGCACGACGACUCAGGUGUUCACGUCGGUGGGCAUCCUGGUGAUGUACUUCCUCGGGGUCGUGGUGCCGUGGCGGCAGGCGGCGCUGGUCUGCCUCGUCGCUCCCGUGCUGUCCAUGGCGUGGGUCGUGUUUAACUUGGUUCCAGAGACGCCUGUCUGGCUACUAGUGAGGAACCGCGAGAAAGAUGCCCUCAAGUCGCUGUGCUUCCUGCGCGGAUGGACCACUCAGGAGAACGUUCGAGAGGAGUACGACGCCCUCGUGGAAUAUGCCAAGACUUUGAAGCAGUGCAUCAUCUGCUACAAGACUGAUAGUAAAGAGUCCGAGUUGAAUGAGUGUGAACACAUGAAGAUGAACUUUGUAAAGAAGGCGAUCCUCAAAUUCCGUUACUUGAUGCUGAGUAAGGAAACCCUGAGGCCCUUCAGCUUCAUUAUGAGUUACUUUGCGUUCCUGGUCAUGAGUGGUCUGGCGCCGAUCAGACCCAACCUGGUCAAUGUGUGUGAUGCUUUCGGAAUGGCCACUGGAGGGAAGAAUGUGGCACUGAUGGUGGGAGUGAUCACGGUGGUGGUGUGCGUGGUGGUGGCGGGCACCAUCAAGUUCCUCGGCAAGAGGAAGCUCUGCAUCGGCGCCAUGCUGGGAACAGCUGUGUUUACACUCGCACUCAGCAUCUACGCUAAGGUGAACCUGGACGACACAGUGUUCUCGUACGACGUGUCCACCUUUCCUAAGGAGAAGAGCUACGUGCCUCUGUUCCUUUUCUACAUGAUGACGGUGUUCACGGCGCUCGCCAUACCCUGGGUGCUGUUCGGAGAAGUGUUUCCUUUCAGGAGCCGAGCAUCAGCCCAGGGUCUGGCCGCGGCUGGCAACUACGUCAUCACGUUCAUCGCAGCCAAGACACUCAUCAACCUGGAGACCACGGUGCAGCUGUGGGGGGCCUUCGCCGUCUACGCCGCCUUCGCCUUCGUCGGCACCGUCUACCUCUACUUCUUCUUACCAGAGACCGAGGGCAAGACUCUGCAGGAGAUCGAAAACUACUACAACGGGGAAUUCAGGACUUUCGCUGAUGACCCCGUCAUCAACUACUUUAAGCGCUUCAAGAGAUAAUUCAUUUACUUUAUUGAAUAUAAAUUUAUUAUUUGUAAUCUAUUAAUUAGUUAGACUUGUAUUUUAUAAGUUGCUGAUUGAGACUUUUAAACGUAAUACACCCCGGUGGUUCAUUUUAUUAUUAUUUAAGUACUUACUCAGUUAUUUUUAUGAAUUGGUUAAUACAAAUCCAUAAAUUAUU